UCACAGUGAUGGAGGUCCUGCAGGAGGCAAAACGUGAGGCCAAAGCACUGCCGCUGGGUCAAGCUGUGCUCGACCUGCUGCCACUUCUGCAAGGUCAGUGCAGCUUUUCAUCCACGGUACCGGUUCAUCCUGUAAACAGCCCCGGAYUCAGGGAAUCUCGUCAGGGCUUCACCCUGCUGGAACCGAGCCUGGACGUUUGCGUCAGUGUGUUGAACCCACUGCUGUCUGACGCUGAGCGUUCAGCCUCUGUCUUCCUGAAGGUCACUCUGGAAACAGCUUACUCCGUCCCUGAGUCGUGGACGCUGCCUUCAGGCAUCGCUCCCAGUCCAUUCACAUAUACUGCUGCCCUGGACGUCCCUCUUACUGCCGAGCAAGAUCAGGUUUUGAUGUUCUGUGAUGGACAACUAAAGGCAGGAGGCCAGAGGGAGGUCAAAGGUCGUCAGAUGAAAAGGCCUCAUCGGGCCUUGUUAGUACCAGAGAACCACUGCUACCCUGAAACCUUUCAGACACAGCCUAUCAUCCAGGAGAACGGAGAGUUGACUUCUUUAGAGGAUCAGGCAUUUCGUAACAAGGCAGAGAUCAGAAAACCCCGAGUGAGCUGGGACACAGAGAUGUGCUGCUUCCUGGAUGCAGGAGGAGCUUCCAGGCUGCAGCAGAAAAUCACUGAGAGCAGAUUGUGGCCGGUGGAGAUCAUGAGGUCGAGACGUCCUCUGGACAAGCUUGGGGAUGACGACCCAGAGAUCCCCUGCCAUGGUUUGGUGUUUGUGGACAUGGGGCAGCUGCUGUAUCCUGGAGUCAGCAGCAUUCGAGGAGCGUACACUGUUCAUCCCUUCUGCCAGGCUGAGCUGCUGAACCAGACCAAGAGGAGAGUCAGUGUGCUAAAGGAGCAGGCUAAGGCAGCAGCUGCCAUGGCUAAAGCUCGUGCCACCUCUUCUGCUGGAUCUCAGAGAAAAACGGGAAAAAACAGAGGGGCCAAGGAGUCUACAAAGAUCCAGCUGCCCAGAGCUGAUGACAAAACUGAGAGCUGGUCUGACUCUGACACASUGGUCAACACAGAGAGAAAUAUGUACGCGGAGGCCAGAACUUAUGUUAUCAUUGAAAUAACUUUGAAUAAACCACUAGUGCCAAAACAAUCUCCAGAGGAGCUGGCAAAAAGGAUACAGGCCCUGAUCCCACCCAGACCUCAGCAUCCAGUGGAUCCAAGCAGAGCAGAAAGAGCUGUACUGGACUUCCACAGGCAGAUAGGCAACACUUUGGCUGUUAUUUCCGAGCAGUAUGACGAACUAUUUGGAGCCGAGGGCCGUUCGCCAAAAAGUCUUAGCCGAGAGGAAAUGUUGGCCGAGCUGAUGGGUGGCCUCAAUGUCUCUGGGAGGUAUUUCACCUUCAAGGAACAGAUAAAGAAGGCUGUGGUUCGAAUCGUCCGUGACAAGAUGCAGCAAACCGAGCCGCUCACUGACCCCCAGGAGCGUAAACAAUUUGUCAGCAAACUCUACGGCUGCCUGGUGAAUGAGAUGCGCAUAGCUCUCCUAAAGAUUUAUUCGAAUGACGCUGCCGAAGACGACACAGAGGAAGUCUCUUUGAAGUCAUCUCAGCUCAGACAUUUCGCCAGAGAGGCACAGCUUCUUGGGAAUUAUCAGCUGUCAGCUAAGUACUAUAAGGAGUUAGUGGUGAGGCACCCUGAUGAGCCCUCACACAAGUUUGAGUGGGGAAGCCUGAACAUGUUGAGCGGAGACUACAUGCAAGCAGAAGUGUGUUUCCAUGAUGCUGUGUCCACKCUGCAAGUUCACCAAUCCAGUCUGAUAAUGUGUGGAGUUUUGGCCCUGAUGUUUGAGCGUUACAAAGAUGCUCAGACCUUUCUGGAACGAGCCACCACCAUAGACCCACCCAGUGUGCCGGCCUGGGUGCUGCUGGGUUUGCUUCAUGAGGGCAACAAUGAAUCCAUCCUGGCUGAGAGGGCUUUUUUAGAGGCCAGCAAGUUGCUUGAGGAGGAUAAAUCAAGCAACCAAACUCCCACAGAAAAGGAAAAGAAAGACAGUGAGGACCUGCAGGACGAAGUGGAGACAGCUGACCCAMCACAGUGUCAACCAGCUGAUCAAUACCCAGAGUUUGUAGACYGGGAAGCAGAAGAGCUUUCAGAACAAGACGACAGCUUCAGAUCAACUCCAGCUGUACCCAACUGUACCAUUUUCACACAGACAGUCCACUUCCUGCUGCAGAACAARGCCUUGGAGAUGGCAGAACAUGCUUUGUCCCAGGAGCUGCUGUGCAUUAAAGGUGAUCGCAGCGUUUCCUACCUCUUCAAUCUGGCCCAGCUGCAGCUGCUCAAAGGAGACUACUGCAGUGCUGCUGCCAGCCUCACCCUGCUUCACAGAGAUCAGGACCCAGAUGUCUGGGCGGUGAGUGGUCAUUGUCACUACCUGCAAGGUGCAUUUACUGAAGCCCGCAAGAGCUACGAGUGGAGCCUCGUCUUUCCACAGCCGCCAUCAGAACCUCACAUCGUUCUUCUCCGCCUGGGAUCCAUCUAUCUCAUGGAGAGCAAGUUUGAGCGAGCCAGAGACGUCUACCUGCAGGCGUGUGAGCAGGCUCCAUCAUGUCUGACCUGGCUGGGCCUGGGAGCCGCCUUUUAUCGGUUGGAGGAGCUGUGUGAAGCUGAGACAGCUUUGACUCUGGCCAGCAAUUUGAACAUGGAGAACGCAGACGUGUGGGCUUACCUGACUCUAAUCUGCCUCAGGUCUGGACGACAUGAAAAGGCUGAGCUGUGCUAUAAAUAUGCAUUAAGGCUCAACGUAACGGAACCAUCGUUACUCAGAGAGAUCGCUGAGCUGAAGGAACAGCUGCGCUUCUCUCAUCUUCAGUUAUGCUUCAAAACAAAUGCAGAGGGAUUUGACCCAGCGAGCAAACUCACAUGAAGAAUUAACAACUGUUUCAUGCUGAAACACGGUGGGCUCCAUCCUGUAGCCUCAGGAUUAUGCGACCGCAGCACUGACCACCAAGCUACACCGCAGCUUCAUGUAAAAGAUGCCGUCUAUUACAAUGAUCAGUAAUAUCACAGAGCUCUGUGUCAGUGCCAAGACAGAAGAUUUUGUUGUGUAAAACUCCACCGCAGGGAAACAGUGCGCUGGCACAGAACAUCAGAGCUGUGCUUGGUUAGGUGAAUAAAAUGUGACCUAACGCUG